AUGGUUGUAAGGAAUCAGACACGAGUGGUGGAAUUCAUCUUCCUGGGAUUCUCUGGCAUUCCAUAUGGCCACAUCUACCUCUUCCUGGUAUUCUUAGCCAUUUACUUGGUGACCAUACUGGGGAAUCUCAUGAUUUUUACUCUGAUUCAACUGGAUUCCAGCCUUCAUAGCCCCAUGUAUUACUUCCUCAGCCACCUCUCCUGCUUAGACAUUUGCCUCUCCUCUGUCACAGUCCCUAAGAUCCUGGUGAACUUCUUGUGCCAGCGACAGACCAUCUCCUACAACCAGUGCAUGGCACAGAUGUUCUUCCUGUUGUCAUUCACAGGGACGGAGGCUGCGCUGCUGGCUGUCAUGUCCUAUGAUCGUUACACCGCCAUCUGCAAACCUUUGCAUUACUCUCGCCUUAUGAACACCAAGGUGUGCAUCCUGCUAGCUUCUGCCACUUGGGUGUGGGGCUUCCUUGACUCCACUCUUCACACAGCUCUGAGCGCCAGCUUAGACUUCUGUGGAGUCAACCAGAUUCACCACAUUUUCUGCGAUCUCCCCCCAUUGAUGAAAAUUGCCUGUGGAGAUACACAUACCAAUGAAAUGGUAUCUCAUUCGGCAAGCAUUUUCAUGGGUCUGUCCCCCUUCCUGGUGGUACUUCUCUCCUAUUUCUACAUCCUGACCUCCAUCUUGCGGAUGCAGUCCAACACCAGAAGGCACAAAGCUUUCUCCACCUGCUCGUCUCACUUAAUAGUGGUUAGUAUUUACUUUGGAAACGGGUUGCUUAAUUACAACCAACCAAGCUCAGGUUACUCCCUGGAGACCGACACUCUGGUGUCCACCAUGUACUGCAUAGUGCCCCCCAUGCUGAACCCCCUCAUCUACAGCCUCCGCAACAAGGAGGUCAAGGGGGCCCUCAGGAAGGUGCUCCACAGCCCGUAG